CGUCCUGCGAGCCUGGGCCCGCCGGGCUCUCGGAGGGGCGUCCGGGGGCGCCUCCACCGUCGCUCACGCCCGCCGUCCCCGCCCUCGCGCCCUCCGGGCCCGGCAGGUCGCGCGGCCCGGGGCAGGGCCCGCAGCGCGGGACGGGGGGCCCCGCCUGCUCCCGACCGCCUCCGGCCCCACGUGCGCAGAGGCUCUGCAUCCACCCCGCAGCCGGGAGCUUCCGUCUGAAGACUGCGGUCGCCGGGCCCGAGGCGAAGGUUCUGGGGCCUGGGCGGGCAGGUGGGGCCCGGCCCUGACGUUUGCUUUGCAGGCGGCCCGGCCUCAGCAUGGACCCAGGGUGCUCCCGGCUCCUCCCCGCUCUCUGUGCCGCCCUGGCGGACCCCAGGCAGCCAGUGGCAGAUGACACUUGUCUGGAGAAGUUGUUGGACUGGCUUCAGACGGUGACCGAAGCAGGGUCCAGUCUCCUGUUGCUGCAGGAGAAUCCCUGCCUGGUAGAGCUGCUCUUCCACGUGGUGAAAUCCCAGGACCUAAGUUCCAGGAUCCUCGCCUUCUCGCUCCGCCUUGCAGGGAUGUUUGCUGCCCAGGAAACCUGCUUCCAGUAUCUUCAGCAGGGGGAGUUGCUGCCCAUGCUCUUUGGGGAGGCGGGCCCCCUCGGAGGAGCAGCCUGGACGGCGCCCACCGUGCGCAGCGGCUGGGUCCAGGGCCUGCGUGCCCUGGCGCAGCACCCCAGCGCCCUGCGCUUCCUCGCUGCCUGCGGUGCCGUUGACACCAUCUUCUCCCUGCAGGGAGAUUCCAGCCUGUUCGUGGCGUCGGCAGCCGGGCAGCUCCUGGUGCACGUCUUGGACUUGGCGAUGCGAGGCCCAGCCGAGGGGCACUGCGGCCCCCAGGCGCACGCGUGGCCGGCCUGCGCCCAGGAGAUCGUGUGUCACAUCGAAGCCUCCCUGCGCUCCACAGCCACGCCCCAGGUCGCGCAGGCCCUGAACGUCCUGACCACUGCCUUCGGGCACUACCACGGCCUCUGGAUGCAGGGCCUCUGGGUGCGGCUGAGUCCCCUUGUGGCCCGCCUGCUCGAGAGAGACCCCGUCCCAGCCGCACACUCGCUCGUGGAUCUCCUCCUCAGCGUGGCCCGCUCUGCUGGACCGAGCCCUGACGGCGGCCUGUGGGAGACUUUGGCACAGACGCUGAGUCGCUUGAGCCCCACACAAGCAGGGCCUCUGGCUCUGGGGAUCCUGCAGCUGCAGGGCUGUCCACAGGCGCUGAGGACCCAGGCCUUUGGCCGCCUCCUCCAGCCCCUGGCCUGUGUCCUGAAAGCUGCUGCUCAGGCCCCAGGACCCCCAGGCUUGCCAGAGGGGGCCGCAGGUGACUCGGUGACAGUGGACACCCUCCUCUCCUCCAAGUCAGCCUGUGUGGGUCUCCUGUGCUGUGCCCUGGCCCACCUGGAGCUGCUGCAGCCACUGCCCCAGCGCCCCUCGCCCUGGCCGCAGGCACCCCUGCUUGGGGCUGCGGUGACCAUUCUGCGGUUCUGCAAUGGCUCAGCAUCCCCCACCUCCGACGUGGGGGGCCGCCUCUGUACCAUCCUGGUGGGCUGUGCCCGGGUCCAGCGAGCUGCCCUGGAUUUCCUGGGGGUGCUGUCUCAGGAGACGGGCCCCCAGGAGCCGGUGACGCAGGUGUUUGCCAUUCUCCUGGAGUACCUCGUGAGCCCUGACUCCAGCCCCAUGGUUCUGAAGAAGGCCUUCCAGGCCACACUCAGGUGGCUCCUGAGGCCACCCAGGGCCCCCGGCUGCUGUGAUCUGGACCCCCACCCCCAGCUGUUCCUCGGAGAGCUGCUCCCUGUGCUGCAGAAGCGCCUGUGCAGCCCCUGCUGGGAGGUGAGGGACUCCGGCCUCGAGUUCCUGACCCAGGUGACCAGAUCCUGGGGAGGGCAGGCCGGCUUCAGACACGCGCUCCUUGCUUCAGAGGUGCCUGAGCUCACCAGGCAGCUCCUGCGAGACCCCGAGAGUUAUGUCCGUGCAAGCGCCGUGACCGCUACAGGACAGCUGUCUAGCCAGGGGCUGCACGCCCCCCCUGCCAGCCCUGAGCACCCAGGGGUUCAGCAGAGCCUGCUCGAGGAGCUUCUGCACAUCCUCUCCACAGACGCGGAGGGCUUCCCCCGCAGGGCCGUCAUGCAGGUCUUCACCGAGUGGCUGAGGGACGGCCACGCCGACGUGGCUGAGGACCCGGAGCAGUUUGUGGCCAGAGUGCUCCAGGCGGCGAGCAGGGACCUGGACUGGGAGGUGCGGGCUCAGGGGCUCGAGCUGGCGCUGGUGUUCCUGGAGCAGGUGCUGGGUCAGCGUGGCUCCCGCUGUGCCUACGCUGUGGCCCUGCCUGAGGCGGCCCCCCCAGGCACAUUGGCCCAGGCCCUGCGGGCGCUCUGCCGGGUGCAGCUCUUUGAGUUUGCCUUCCGUGCCUUGUUUGACUGUGACCGUCCCGUGGCCCAGAAGUCCUGUGAACUUCUCCUGUUCCUGAGGGCCAAGGCCGCUCCCUAUGGCAGCCCGCAGGAUGCGGGAGGCAGUCCCGACGUGGCCUCUGUGGAGGCCACCCUGCAGAGGUGGCAGGCAGGUGAGCAGGGUCAGCCCCUGGGGCACCUGGAGCCUGGGGCCGUCAUGGCCGUGCUGAAGUCCCUGGACCUGGAGGGCCUUCGGGACACACUGGCCGAGAGCAGUGACCAUGUGGAGAAGAGCCCCCAGUCACUCCUGCAGGACAUGCUGGCCUCCGUGGGUGUCCUGAGCGAGAACGAGGCUGACUGCUACUGACCAGCCUGGCAGCUGCCUCCGCAGGGUCCUGCUGCUGCCUCACGUCCCUUCCUCGGGCCCUGCCAUCCUGAGGCUCUAGGGUGGCCUGACUGCACCGGCGACCCUCGGGAAGCCAGGACCAGGUGGGCCCAGCAAGGUCAAAGAGCCCUGCGUUUUGAUGUAUGAUUGAAGAAGUGGCUUAUUUUCUACUCAAAAUAAAUGUCAUUUGACAGUGCCACUGGGUCAGCACAGUGUUCUAAGACUGCCCAGGGGUAGGCCCCAGGCCUCUUGGGGGCUUGGAGAAACGUCUGGGGAGGGGCCGUCUGCACAGUGGCCAUGUUCCUCCUUGGCAUGGAGGGGGGUUCCUCUGCUUGGAUCCCACCACACUCCAGGAACACCCAAGGUCAGAGCAACAGCUCAGGCUGCAGAGUGUCUGCCUUGGUCCCUGGCCCCUGACGAUGGUGACCCCAGGUCUAACCAAGCCAGGUUUUCAGUCUCUGAACGUCCAGGGUCACCUCGAUCUUGUAGCAGUUUGAAACUCACUGUCUCGACUGACUAGGCAGGUACACUCGCUGGUCGUAACAUCAAGGGAGUUGAGCUCCAGGCUGGUCCUCAGGGGACCAAACAGAUGAUACACCAGUCCCAGCUCUGCCAUUUCCUGGUCAUGUGACCCUGGGCAAACCUGUUUCCUCAUCUGUAAAAUGGAGAUUUUACUAUUUGCCUCCCAGAGGUAAGUGUCUCAGUGUUCUAAAGCACCCAGCACAGUCGAAGUCCUCUCAAGAGAACUUAAAAAUAUUUUAAACUGAAGGUGAAAUUACAACUUACCAAAAUUUGUGGGAUGCAGCAGAAGCAGUGCUCAGAAGAAUAUUUACAGCAUUGAAUGCAUGUAUGAGAAAAGAAGAAACAUCCAAAAUCAAUAAACUAGGGGCUUCCCUGGUGGUGCAGUGGUUAAGAAUCCUCCUGCCAAUGCAGGGGACACAGGUUCAAUCCCUGGGCCAGGAACAUCCCACCUGCUGCGGAGCAACUAAGCCCGCGUGGCACAACCACUGAGCUUGUGCUCUAGAGCCCGUGAGCCACAACUACUGAGCCCAUGCGCUACAACUGCUGAAGCCCACACACCUAGAACCCGUGCUCUGCAACAAGAGAAGCCACAGCAAUGAGAAGCCCACUCACCACAACUAGAGAAAGCCUGUGCACAGCAACAAACACCCAAUGCAGCCAAAAAAUAAGUAGUUAAAUAAAUAAUAAAAGAAAUCUUAAAAAAAAAUGAAAAUCAAUAAACUAAGCUUAUACCUUUGGAAAUGAGAAAAAGAGGAAAUUCAAUCCAAAGUAAGCACAAGAAGAGAAUAAAGAUUGGAGCAGAAAUUAAUGAAAUUGAAAACAGGAAACCAAUAGAGGAGCUCAUGUAAACCAAAAUCUGGUUCUUUGAAGAGACCAAUAAAGUCAGUAGGGCCUCUAGCUGGACUAAGAAAGAAAGAGAAGAUGCAAAUUACUGGUAUCAGAGAAAGAAGGGAACAUCACUGCAGAUCCCAUGACAAUUGAAAGGAUAAUAAAUCAACACUGAGCAGUUCUGCCCACAAAUUUGAUAACCUAGGUGAGGUGGACCAAUUCCUUGAAAGACAGUCUGCCAAACUGAGAUAAGAAGAAAUGAUCUGAGUAGGCCUGUAUCUGUUAAACUGAAUAACAACAGCACCAGGCCCAGGUGGUUGUGCUGGUGAAUCCUACAAAACAUUUAGGGAAGAAAUUAUACCAGCCCUCUGCAGUCUUCCAAAAGACAGCAGAGGGAGUACUUCCUAACUCACUCUGUGAGGCCAGCACUACUCUAACACCAAAACCAGACAGGCAUCCAAGAAAACUACUGACCAGUCUCUCAUGAUGGUAGAUGCAAAAGUCCUUAACAAAGUAUUAACAAAUUGAAUCCAACAACGUGUGAAAAGAAUUAUACACCAAGAUGAAGUAGGGUUUAUCUUAGGUAUGCAAGGCUGGUUCAGCAUUUGAAAAUCAAAGUGAUCCAUCACAUCAACAGGCUAGAGGAGAAAAAUCGCACAGUCGUAUCAGCAGCUGCAGGAAAGGCAUUUGGCAAAACCUCCCGUUACCCCAUUUUCAGGUCGGGCUGAGAGGUGAAGGCCCCACAGCCUCCGGAGAGGCCCGUGUCCUUUCCUGUGUCGUAGAGACUUCCUGGAGGGAGAGCUGUGUAUGGACAGUGGGAGGCCUGUUACUGGGCGAUGCUGUGCCCUGUGGAAAGCGGCUGGUGUUGUCUUGGGCAGAAUUUGCGUUCUCUGUGCAGGCCUAACAGGUUCUGUCUCCUUCGCUAAGGCAAACACCCAUCAGAUAGACCUGGUCAAACCCUGGCUCCACCACCACGGGCUGUGUCCUUGGGCAGGUCAUUGAACUCUGCUGAGCAUGGCCUCCUUGUCUAUAAAAUGGGGAUGGACCUCCUCAAGCUGUUAAGAACUGACUGAGACAUGGUGAAUGAAAGGCCUGACAUUGUGACUUUCACAAAGAAGGUCGACAACGUGUCAGCUUCUUCCUUUACGGCCUCCUUUUCCUUAACUGCUGUUCCCAAGAGAUCAGCCUGUUAUCCUCCUGCUCUGCACACCUCUGAGAAUUAAUCCAGUUCCCUGGCUUCGCACACAGCCCUCACACGGACGGGUUAAGACCCGCCAGACUGCUCUGAGCCCUGGCCUUGCGUGUCGGGUGCCACCUGGCCGGCUGCACUGAGGUAGGACGAGGACCCUGCAUCUGUGUCCGCUGCCUGCCUCUCAGGAUUCCUGUGGUCCCUCCUCAGUGGGCCUGCUUCCAGCCGCCUUCCCUUCCUCUAAUCGUACCCUCUCUGGCCGAAGUGAGCCAUCUGAACGUGGUCAUUAUCACUCCCCUGCCUGGAACCUCCUGCGGCUCCCCAUUGCCAGCAGGCUGGCACAUGAGACCCUCUGGGCUGGGCGACUGACAGCUCCAGCACGGCCUCUUGCAAAGCCCUGCCUUAUUCCAUACACCGGAAAAUGGCCAACACGCAGCCUCGUGAGUCGCUUGGCAAUGUUUAGAUUUCUGGGCUCCGAGUUUCUGAAGCAGGCGGUCGCGGUGGGGCCCAUGAACCUGUGUUUUUAACAAGCACAACAGGAGAGGCUG